UCGGGCCACACGACGCGUUCUUGCCGCAUGCGGCGAUUUGCGGUGUCGCCGCAUGCGUUGGGUUUUUGUACGGACCGUUUAGUUUUAAAUAGAACAGGCCACACGACGCGGUGUUGCCGUAUGCGGCAGGUUUCCACCGCAACAUGCUGCGGUGGUGCGGCAGCAACGCACACUGUUAUCAAUACAAAACACGUGUAUUUCAAUUAUAUCGACCACACGACGCGGUAAUAACGCAAGCGGUGAAAAAUCGUUAUUUUCCCAUUUGUCAUUUUUGAAUUUUAAAAAACGCCUAAAAAAUGUUCGACUUUGAAAAAUUAAUAAGCGAAGUUCAGUCAAGGCCUUGCUUAUGGGAUAUUGGCUCAAACGAUUACCACGACAAGCCAAUGAAAAUGUUGGCAUGGAAUUCUGUGGCUGCCGCUAUGUAUCCGAAUUGGGAAGAACUUUCAACGGCUCAAAAAGAGGAAAAAGCAAAAGAUAUAAAGGACAAAAAAUGGAGACAUGUACGCGACAACUAUAUGAAAUAUAAAAACCAAGAGAAAAAUAUUAAAAGUGGUUCUGCUGCUACAAAAAUAAAGAAAAAAUACCACUUUGCUAAUUUGUUAUCGUUUUUGACACCAAAUUUAGAUAGAAGAAGUACCUCAGGAAAUUUUAUAAACGACACACAAAACGUAUCAGAUGCUCAGGUUUCGGAUACAGAUGAAGUGGUUGAAGAUCAUGAGAAUACAUUAUUAGACCAAGAACACCCAUCACAGCAACUGGAUAUGUCCUUAAGCGCACAGAACACCCCACCGAGUACUUCAAAAAAAAAUAAAAAAAAUCCAAAAAUGACUAUUUUUCAGAGCAAACUAUUGGAUCACUUGGAAAAACAAGAAUUAACUGACGCGGAUGAACUUUUUUUGAAAUCUUUACUUCCUCAAGUAAAACAAUUAAGUGAUGGUAAAAAAUUAGAAUUUAAAAUGUACGUACUUAAAUUUUUUCAAAAUGAAUCUUAUCCACAAAAUAAUAAUUAUUCCUAUCAAACUCCAAUAUUUAAUCCUCAGAAUAAUGCUCAAUAUUUUCAUUCCGGGUAUUUAAAUUCAUACCAACAUCAACAAGCGUCUUCCUCACACAGUUCUAUAGAUACACUACACCACAACAUAUAUCCUGCACCAAUUCCAAAUCAAUGUCCUCAACUACCUUCUUCUGAAAACAUAUCUGCACCUUAUCAACCAAAGCAACAACAUUUUCCUCUGCAUAAUCCCCAAGAUGGCAACCAUCAUCAAAUGUAAAUGACAAUUUACGUAUUUUAAAAAGUGAUAAUAAUUUGUUUUUUUUUAUUUAUUUUAAGAAGCUUAUAAAAGUUAAACAGUUAUUUUUAUUAUUUGUUAUUACCUAUAAAUGGUACUAGUUUUUAUAUUUUAUAUACUUAACAAUUUAUAAUUUUUUAGUUUUUUAAACAGUUAAUACAUUUUCUUUCUUUUGUAUUUAGAAGUUAAUUAAAAAAGAAUACAUCUUUUCAUAACGUAUAGGUGUUCUUAUUUAUAUUUGAAUUAUAAUAAAAAAUUACAGCCCACAGGUAUGUAUACAAAGUUCAACAUAGUACUUUUGGUGAUAUUAAUACGUGUAAUCACGUUUAUAACGGUCCUACGUUAAUUUUGUCCAUAUAGAAAAUAUGUAAAACUUUUUUUUUUAAAUAUGUACCUAUAUUGUAUGUAUGUGAUAUAUUUAUAUAUAUUAUAUAUUUGUAUCAGUUUUAUAUGUUAUAAAAUUAAGCACCUAAGUACUUAUUUGUAUUGACUAUUGAGUCAUUAUACCUAUUAAUUAUUAUGUUAUUAUUAUUAACAAAUGUAUUUAGUUAUAUAAGGUUAGCGAGAGACUUUAAUACUAAAGGUAUAACUUUUACUAUUUUAUAAUUUCAAACAAUUUAAGGUAAAAAAUAUAUUUUAUCGACUUACCUUAUAGUCACCGUCAGUCUAACCUCCGGACUUAAAGGAUUACGCAUGUUAGUAACUUCUUUAGUUAAAUGUUGACGAAUCUUAGCCAAGAG